ACUCUGAAGGCCGGAGCACAAUGGAUCCGGUUGACAAUCCGGUUUUUUGACAUCUAUUUUAAAUGCACGCGAUUUUAUGCGUCAACGCACAAUGCAUCCGGAUUGAGUUUGCGGCUUGGUACUAAACUGUACUAAACGCAAGCUCGGCCGCAAAGUCGACCGCAUGAUUUGACACUUUUCAAAUCUUGCGCUUGACUUUGCGGAAAAAGUGUUUGUUUUGAUUCAUUUUUCAGAGCGAGAAUCACCGCGGGCUGAAACUUUCCUCGUUUCCGCAGUUUUUUUUAGCAGCUCCCGAUCCGAAUUGCGAAUGGUAAUUUUGUGAACAACGGAGCCUGCAGUUCAUUCCAAUGGAGGAUACAACGGAAAAUAACCCAGAAAAUAACGAAGAGGAAAUCAGUAGCAUUAACGAACGCAUAAUUGCUUUUGUUAAAGAACACAAAGUUCUUUUUGACAAAACCAUGCGAGCUUACAAAAAUAACAAUACGCGGAACAAACUUUGGGCAGAGCUUGGAUCAGAGCUCAACAUGGACGUUAAAUCUUUAACAACGCGUUGGAGAUCAUUAAGGGAUCGGUUCGUCAAGGAAUUGAAAAUUGCAGAUCUAUGUCAUCGAUCAGGCGCAGAGGCAAUCGACGAAGGCGAUAAUUGGGAGUUUAUGGAGCACAUGGCAUUCUUAAAAGAACACGUGGCUAAAAGGAAGACUACGGCAAAUUACGACGGGCCAAGCACAAGCGAGCACACUGAAUUCCACGAUAUGGUCGAGGAACACCUUGAGCUGGACUCUCAAGGCACACCUUCGCGAACACCAACCUCAAGGAAGAGAAAGGGCGACGAAAUCGACGACAAAAUGUCGUCACUAUUGGACAAGUUCAUGGCGAACUCUUCCAAUGCCGAUGAAAAGCAUGCGACAUUCGGCAAGUUAGUGGCAUGCAAGUUGUCGAAGUUUCCAGAUCAUAUUGCCGAUAGAGUCGAAGCCGAAAUUUUGAAUGUAAUCUACAACGCUGCCGAAAAUUACAGGACAGAAACAAACAAUUUGUGAUAAGUUUGACAUGUAAGCUAAAUUGAUUAUUUUAUCUUUUUAAAUAAAAAUCGGAGCUUCACCGAUUCAUUUUAACGACA